AAAAUAUAAAAUACUAUCUUCUAAUUUUGAAUAUUUUAUGCUAAUCCUUGCCUUAACAUAUCGGAUGCAAACUUUGUGCAUCCUAUUAGAGGCAGGAGACCAAGUGCCACGCCUGCCACACGAAAUGUCAGCGGGGCUGACUUCACGGCCUGAGGAUGUAAGCCGACCGGCGGGUCAGCAGAAUACAGCAAUCACCGAUGGAAGGAGUGGCCAGGUUGAAACCCCUCGCGGUCGGAUUGGCGAAAAUGUUUUGCACUUCACUCUUUCAUAUGCUGCAAUCCCCCCUCCCCGCACCAAGUGGUGCACAUCCAUCCCGUCGGCAAACGGCCGCGCUGGCGAGUUUAGGUCGUCGCACGCAGCUGUGGCUCCGUGCAGGUCAGCAGCAUCCCACCAGCCAGACAAGAGACGAGAGCGAAACGAGUGCUGCUCAUGUCCUCUUAUACGAAGUGCCUCUUCACCCCCAUCUAGCGUCAUUUGGGUACCGUCGCACCAAGAAAUGCAGUGGGCGAGUGGCCUCAUUCUGGCUCUUCGGGGCCCCGCCGAGCCCCGCCACCGGCGAAGUGACGUCCAAGACGGGCUUCAGCAACUCAGAGGCAUCCACCUGGCGCCUGUUAACGUGCGAUGAAGGGAAUGAAGGGAUGAAGGGACGAAAGGAGACCUGCACCCCAGCACAGACGCGGUUCCUUGGGCUCCUCCUCACUGUCGCGAUCUCCUUGUGACAGCUUUGCUCCACAUCUCCCGGAUGCACCUCCAGAAUCGCU